AUGAAUAUUUCAAAGAGUGGAUACCGCGUGUUCUCUGCCAACUCCAGCACAGCAUGCACUGAAUUGGCCAAAAAGAUCACAGAGCGUCUGGGUGUUGAGCUGGGCAAGUCGAGUGUUUACCAAGAGGGAAACAGAGAGACAAGAGUGGAUGUGAAGGAGUCCGUACGCGGUCAAGACAUCUUCAUCAUUCAGACCAUUCCAAGGGAUGUAAACACUGCUAUCAUGGAGCUGCUCAUCAUGGCGUAUGCCCUCAAAACUUCUUGUGCCAAGAACAUAAUUGGGGUUAUUCCUUACUUUCCAUACAGCAAACAGUGCAAAAUGAGAAAGAGAGGGUCCAUUGUGUGCAAACUACUAGCUUCAAUGUUGGCUAACUCUGGUCUGACUCAUAUCAUUACCAUGGACCUUCAUCAAAAGGAAGUGCAAGGCUUCUUCAGCUUUCCGGUGGACAACCUGAGGGCAUCACCAUUUCUUAUCCAGUAUAUUCAGGAAGAGAUCCCAGAUUAUAGGAAUGCCAUUAUAGUUGCCAAGUCCCCUUCCUCAGCGAAAAGAGCGCAGUCGUACGCCGAAAGGCUCCGACUUGGACUGGCCGUGAUGCACGGAGAGCCGCAUCAAUCAGAGCUGGACAUGGUCGACGGCCCACAAUCUCCCCCUCUGUCCCGCACCAGCACUGUGCACACAGGCCUUGAGCUGCCGGGCAUCAGACAUCAGCUCCCAUUCCCUGGGAUCGAACUCCCAAUGAUGAUGGCGAAGGAAAAACCACCGAUCACUGUUGUAGGAGACGUUGGAGGCAGGAUUGCCAUUAUUAUUGAUGACAUUAUCGAUGAUGUGGAGGACUUUGUUGCAGCGGCAGAGAUUCUUAAGGAGCGAGGCGCCUAUAAGAUUUACAUUAUGGCAACACAUGGACUGCUGUCUGCGGACGCCCCGCGGCUAAUAGAGGAGUCUGCCAUCGACGAGGUCGUGGUGACCAACACAAUUCCACACGAGAUCCAGAAGCUGCAGUGUCCAAAGAUCAAAACGGUGGACGUGAGCAUGAUCCUGGCUGAGGCCAUCCGCCGCACUCACAACGGAGAGUCCAUGGCCUAUCUGUUCCGGAACAUCACCGUGGACGACUGA